AUGGCCUCCUGGGAGGAAUACUUAGCAGCUCAACAAGCUGUUGAUGGUGUACAAUUCACAUGGAACCUUUGGCCACAUAGUAGAGUGGAUUCACAGCGGCUCGUCGUUCCGCUUUCCUGCUUCUUCACGCCUCUUAAGGAGAGACCAGCUGAUCAACCUCAACAACCUGCUCUUGAGUACGAUCCAGUUCUAUGCCAGAAAGCUAACUGUAAAGCAAUACUCAACCCACUUUGUUUCGUGGAUUUCCGAGCGAAAACUUGGGUUUGCCCGUUUUGCAAUCAAAGAAAUCCCUUCCCUGCUCAUUAUGCGGCAAUAGCUGAGGAUAACCGUCCACCGGAGUUGUAUCCUCAGUUUACGACGAUUGAGUACACGCUCAAGAAAGCAACAACUAUGCCACCGAUUUUCAUGUUUGUUGUGGAUACGUGCAUGACUUCAGAUGAGCUGAAAGCGUUGAAGGAGAGCUUGCAGACAGCUCUCUCGCUUCUUCCUGCAGACGCUAUGGUUGGAAUUAUUACCUAUGGCAGGAUGGUACAGUUGCAUGAGCUCAACGUGCAGGGAAUUAGCCGCAGCUUCGUUUUCAAGUUUGGGUAUCAAGCCAUUCCUGAGAUCGAAGUUCUGGCCAAAUUCAAGAAGUAG